AUGGAGUCGCUUAAAAAUGAUGGGUUUCGGCCAUUCAGAAGCUGUAAAUGGGUUCCGUCGAAAUGCAACAUUUUUAUGUGGAGUGCUCAGCUUAACCGUAUUCCUACUAGGCAAGCUCUGGUCAGGAGAAAUAUCAUCCUCGAGUCCGCUGAGUGUGUGUUUUGCGGCGACCCCACGGAAUCUGUGGAUCACAUUUUUACCGGGUGCGAGCUGUCGGAUUAUAUCUGGAACCGGCUGUGUGCAUGGAUAGGUAUUCCCAAUGUUUUUGCUUUCUCAUUCAGUGACAUUUUGAACCUGCAUGACAAUGUUCCGGCUGAGAAGAAGGCCAAAAAGAUUAUCUUCGGGUUGGUUAUUGUGACUUGUUGGUGUGUAUGGAAAGCUAGGAACGCUAAGAUUUUCUCGGGAAUUAACGCUAGCAAGGAAGAGAUUUUUGGGGAGGUCAAGUCGCUCAGUUUCUUUUGGCUCAAAAAUAGGUCCAGGUUUUCUGAGUUAGUCUGGGAGGAUUGGUGUAAUAGCCCCUUGUAUAUGCUGUAG